GAUAGACAUGCUGACUGAAUUCAGUUCAACUGAGACAGAAAGAGGAAGGAAGAGACAGAGACGACAGAGCGUGAGCAGAGUGUGAGCUGUACAACAUGAGACCAGCGGAUUAAACUGUCGCUCUGCUGAUCUGACUGUACCAGCUGUCUGUCUGUCCACCUGCAGACAUGUCCUCCCAGGCUGAGAGUAAGACAGCCUCCCAGUUUGUGUCUCUUACCAUGAGGCUGAAGGAUAAGCUCCACCCGCAGCGGAUCAGACGCUCUGGGCGAAUCAAACACACCCUGUCACAGAGAGUCAAACCACCUGAUCUGAACCUGCAAGUACACACACUGGAACACAAGUCGGAGUCUGUGUUAGAGAACCAGCAGCGGGCCGUCGUCAGCUCUCUGCAGUACUUCAAAGCUCUGGUGGACAGACUGGGAGUGGACAAACUGGUCCUGAACCAGUCUGUAGUGGGCGGUCUGCUGGGCGGUGCGUCCGGUGGAGUCCUGGAGGCGGUCCAGACUCUGGUCCAGCUGGAUCCACACCUGCACAACAGUAGGACUGUCUCUUCCUGUCUCACUCGUCUCUACCAUUCUGUGGCUCAGCUGAUUCGCUGGGCCGAUCAGGUGAUGCUGCAGGGCGUCGCCCAUGACAGCAAAGAGUCAACAGCAAGCGUUACCACGGGGAUCAGGGCCGUGCUGGACGGGGUCAAGGAACUGGUUCGAUUGGCUGCAGAGAGACAAGACGGCCACGCCCCCUUGUCUCCUGUCCAAUCACAAGCUGCUGUGGAACAGCCGGGUGGGUUUGACGAGCAGCCGACAUCAGACAGGACUUCUACCUGCCGGAGUCCAGGAGCUCCUGCAGAGGAGGAGGAGGGGUUGAGGAUGGAGAGGAGAGGGGAGGAGCAAACUGUUUUAGCUCCUCCCAAACCCUUGAUGCCCUUCCCAGAGCCCCUCCCCCAGGGACUGAGUCCUCCAGCCCUGCCACCUAAAAAACGUCAGUCAUCAUCGGGCCCCGCCCCCUGCAGGGUCGCCAUAGUAGCACCAAUGAGACGAGAGGCUGAUGUAGACAGACAGGUACAACAGGAGGAGGAUGACUGUUUGAAGCGUUGCUCUUCUUCGUCUGCAGACUCUGCUGCUGAGAACACACACUGUGAGGAGGAUCCAGACUACGACUUCCUCCACACUGACCUCUCCUCCUCUGAGACUCUCCCUCCUCUUCCUCACCCCUCCUCACUCCCCCCUGCCCUGCCAGAGAAGAGACGUCACAGCACUGCAGGAACUACCAACCCUCAGGUCUCCCCUUCGUUUGGAUUUGACCCCGCCCCUCAGGAACAGAGCCCCGCCCACUGUGAUGACAUCACUGGUCCUGAUGCAUCCACCCCUCUCCCCUGCAAGACGCCCCCUCCCCUCCCAGAGAAGAAACGACACAUCCAUCAGUACCUCCAGUUCUGUUCGUCCUACAACGUUCAGUCAGCAGACGUGUUCUACCAGCGACCUUUGACCUCCAGUCAGCGAUACAGUAACAGGCAGCGAGAGGUCGAGACCACCUACCAGCUCACACACCUGGAAACACACCUGGAAACACACAUACCAGACUCCGCCCCCCCACCUGAGCUGCUUCCUGCUCCAGUUCUACCACCAAAGAAGAGACAGCAGGAUUCAGCUGAAGGCGACAGUCAGUGCGAAGAGAACCAGACCAGAGACAGUGACGGUGCUCUGUUCUGCAGUUCCCAGAGUCUCCAGCAGGAGGCAGAGCAUGGCAGGAGGAGCAGGGAGCAGCUGGAGGAGCAGGAGGAGGUGUUACUGACCGACCAGCAGGAGAUCCUCCACAGAAUCACAAUGAAACCUGAGGAGGAGGAGGGGCCGGACGUGAAAGCAGCCUCUCCUGAGAUCCUAUUGGUCUACGCCACAGAGACUGACAGGAGCCCCGAGCAGGGCCUGUACCGUGAAGCCUUCCUCUCCACCUACAGGAGCUUCAUCAGCCCGAAUGAUGUCAUCAGCAAACUACAGCACAGAUACAGACACCUGUGUGAAGGACAUGAAGCUGCAUACCUGACGGCUGCCAAGAAGACUUUUCACCUGCUGGUCAGAGUGGUCGACGAGCUGUGUGCAAUAGAGCUGGACUGUGAUUUGCUGCUGCUGCUGAUGGACCUGGUGUUCAACCUCCUGAUUGGUGGAGAGCUGGGACUGGCCCACCUGCUGCGCUCCAACAUCCUGUCCAAGAUGGAGCAGAGGUGGAAGCUGAUUGGUUCUCCUCAGUCACUCCGCCCCCUCGCAGCCAGGGGCGUGGCUGCCAGACCAGGAACUCUUCUGGACUUCAGGAGUCAGGAUUUAGCUGAACAGUUGACUCUGUUGGACUCUGAGCUCUUCUGCAAGAUCGAGCUUCCAGAGGUGUUGCUGUGGUCUAAAGAGCAGAAUGAGGAGAAGAGUCCCAACCUGACACAGUUCACCCAACACUUCAACAACGUCUCCUUCUGGGUGCGUUCUGUCAUCAUUCUUCAGGACAAACCUCAGGACAGAGAGAAACUACUGCUGAAGUUCCUGAAAACCAUGAAGCACCUGCGGAAGCUGAACAACUUUAACUCGUACCUGUCCAUCCUGUCAGCGCUGGACUCCGCCCCCCUACGACGCCUGGACUGGCAGAGAAGCACGGCUGAGGCUCUGGAGGAGUUCAGCUCUUUGAUUGACAGCUCAUCAUCUUUCAGAGCCUACAGAGCAGCUCUGGCUGAAGUGGAACCUCCCUGUAUACCCUACCUGGGUUUGAUCCUUCAGGACUUGACCUUCGUCCACCUGGGGAAUCCUGACACGUUGAUGACUUCACAGGGUUCAAAGGUCAACUUCUCUAAACGUUGGCAGCAGUUUAACAUCCUGGACACUCUGAGGAGCUACCAGCAAGUUCCUUACUCUCUGCAGCCUAAUGAUGACAUCAUAUCCUUCUUUAAUGACUUCAGCGAUCACCUGGCAGAAGAAGCAUUGUGGGAACUCUCUCUCAGGCUGCGCCCACGAAAUGUCCCGCGAGCCAGUCAGAGAUGAGAGACUAAAACAGGACAAAAACUGAGUUAACCUGUGCUAACCUGGAUCGUCACACGGCUAAUAUGUGCUAGCUUAAUGCUAACAUGUUGAUAUUGAGGAAUGAGGUGGAUAAACCUGGUGCUAACCUGAGCUAAACUGGUACUGAACUGGACUAAACUGGUGCUAAUGUGUCACAGUAAGAAAGACUUGUUCAAAGCUGUUUGCAUACUGGGCUAAUCAUGGCUAAUAGUGUGCUAACAUGUGCAAACCUGGACUGUUCCUGCAAUAACCUGCAACAACCCGAACUGACCUAGUCAUUUUGUUGAACCAUUGGAUAGCCGGUGUUAGCUGAGGUCAGUCUGGAGCUAGCCUAGUAGCCAGGUGUUAACGUGGGCUAACCUGUAGUCCCAGUGGCCGUGGCCUCUUCCUGUAUCUGACCUCAGAACUGUAUGUGUAUUCACAGCAAUAUUACAGCAAUACUUAUUCUACAGCGUCUUUAAUGCCAAAAUAAUCAGGCACAGUUUCAGGUUCCACAGAGCAGCAUGAACUGAAUACAAACUGAGGACUGUUCCAGCAAUACUGUUGUUUUGUCUUUAAAUUGUAAAAAAUUAAAUGUUGUGGUUGUUGUGAUCCAGGUCCAAAAACAUGUAGGUUAAUUGGAGACAAAAUUUCCUGUAGGUGUGAUUGUCUGUCUGUGUAUGUCAACCCUGAUGAACAGGUGACCUGCAAAGGUGUACCCCGCCUCCUGCCCAGUGCAUGCUGGGAUAGAAUCCAGCACCCAUGCAGCUAAUGGAUGGGAUGAAAAUUGUUAUAAUCCUGCAAUAUCAACAUCCACAGCCUCCUUCAUCUUUCCUCUGCCAAACUUUUCCUUAUGAUGAAUACAUAUUAAUAAUAAUAUAAUGAUAAACUUUA